GCCCAGAGGGUUAAAAGUCUUUCUCUUUCUUUCUGAUAUGUAUUUUAAACUGAUCAAACUACACAUGCACAGCAAGUUGAAAAUCUCAAUGGAUUCUUCAUGUGUGCCUAUCAGGGAGUCCAGCAGUAAGGACAAUGACUCGUCUCCUGAGUGGUCCUUCACUGUCCGUAAGAAGAAGCCGGAAAAGAAGCAGCCCAAUGGAAUGGAUGAAGAACUGCAGAAGAAGUCAGGCAGUUUAACCACCGUCAUGGCUCCUGUUUUUUCAGAGCUGAAAUCGCAGCACAGAGACGAUGACGUGACGAGAGGAGUUCUCGAGCAGCUGGAGAAGAGCCUGCAUGUGGCUGAGGACAUCUGUCCUGGUGUCACAGACAGGAUGAUCACUCAUAUCCUGGAGAGGGUGCAGAGGUCAGACGCACUACAUACAUGUUUCUGAUGACAGGCAAAGGC